AUGGUAUUUUUGUUUCCUGUCGCACUUGGAUUAUUGGCAGUGAGCAAUGCAGUUCAAGCAGCGAUUCAACAAGUUGAUCCCAAGACGAUCGAAACAAGAGGUUCAGGAGCUCUAUUUGUAGAGUUCUUUCAGCCAAACUGUGCAUCUUGUGAGGAAUUAACCACUCAAGUAGAGCAAGUAGCCUCUAAAUAUAGAAAAGAGAAUACGGCAUUCGUGAGGAUCAACUGUGAUGACUACAAAGGCUACUGCCGGGAUAAACAAGUCGAGACCUUUCCUGCUUUCUUAGCCAGUUUAGACCGUGGACCUUGGAAGCGACUUGAUCCUAACCAGCAGACGUUGGAAGAAUUUGUUCAGCAAAAUAGGCCAUAUAGAAAUACAGAAGGAGAGAGCAAGUCGAUUACUACACGUGAAGAAAUAGAAGCGAUUAUUGAAAGUAAAGAGCCUUGGUUUAUCAAGUUUUAUGCUCCCUGGUGCGGACACUGUCAGACAUUGGCUGGUGAGUGGGUUAUGGCUGCAAAUCGAUUGAAAGAUAAAGUGAAUGUGGGUGAAGUUAACUGUGAAUCGAAUAAAGACUUGUGCAAUGAACAUAAAGUGACCGGAUUGCCUACAUUGAAAUAUUUUAUACACGGUACAUCCAUUCAAUUCCACGGUGAACGCAAGGCAGAUGCCCUUGUCGAAUUUGCACUCGAGCACACCGGUUCGGCGGUUCGUGGUGUUCGUCGAAACCAACUCUUUGACGACCUAUUGAAGAAAAGCGAUGUGAAUUUGGUCUAUGUGACUGAGAAGCAAACCAAGGAGCAUCUCGAGCAACUCGAACGAAUCGCGCCUUUGUACCUGCAAUCAAUACCAUUUUAUACCACAUCUGACCCUUCAAGUGCUCAACGAUUUGGUCUAUCGAGUCUGCCUGCGAUCGUCAUUCUCAAGGACAAUCAACAGUUUGUGUAUGACGGCCAUCAAGAUUUAAGCGCAUGGAUCAAGAAUCACAGCAAACCAUUGGUGACCACCAUCUAUCCUCAUAACUCACGCGAGAUCUUAAGGGAGUAUCCUGGCCUGGUCGUCCUCGGUCUCUUUAACCCCACCGAUACAUCCUCUCAUGAAGCUUUUCGUGAUCUCUCAUCGCAAUGCCAGCGUGAUGACAUCUUAUUUGCUCAACUCGAUGCUUGGGAGUAUGCUCCCUUUGUCUCUCGUUCGUACGGUAUCAAUUUGGUCCAUUUACCAGCUGUCGUCAUUCUCGACUCAUCUCAUCAACAAUAUUUCAAGACAAAUAAGGAUGAAGAACGGUUUGAUGUCCAGGCUCGUCCUCAAGAGAUCUUGGACUCUCUCGAUCACCUCGACACUCUUACGCCCAUCUCCACUGUGCCUCCCAAGUUGAUAAGCUAUGCAGCCAAUGCAGUCAAUUAUAUCAUGGACUAUUGGGUCUUGUUCUCAUCAGGAGCGGUCGCUCUUUUAGCUCUCUUGGUCAUCUUGCUUGCGGUCACAGGAAAUGAACAAGGAACUCCAAAAAAGAAAAAGGAAUGA